UAAUUUCGUCAUUUCCUUUGCAAGCCGGAAACACAGUUCUGAACAACAGCAGUCAGAAGUAUUAUUUAGUAUACUCUGACAAGAAAAUGUAAGCGCUAAGAUAAACACAGUGUAGUGUUAAUGCUUUUACAUACAUGACCUUUUGCCUGGCUACAAAACAGUGCUGGUAUGGAGGGCUCCAAAUCUUCCAGCUCCACUAUGCAGGUGAGCUUCGUGUGUCAGCGCUGCAGCCAGCCUCUCAAACUGGACACCUCCUUCAACGUGCUGGAUAAGGUCACUGUCCAAGAGCUAGUUGGUAGCCAUUGUAAAGAGGCGAAAACAGGGUUAAUAUUACCACGUUUCCAUGAACCACAUGACCCAGCACCAUUAGUCACUGUAACACAAAUAAAACCAGAAGAGAGCAAUGUGGACAACAGUGUACCAGAGGAAACAUUUGUGGAAAACAAACAAGAUGGAGUAUCUAGGAAAUACAUCCCUCCAGCUAGGAUGCUGUCCACAGAGAGUGCCAACAGUUUCACACUCAUCGGAGAGGCCUCUGAUGGGGGCACCAUGGAGAACCUGAGCAGGAGACUCAAGGUGACCAGUGACUUGUUCGAUAUCAUGUCAGGCCAGACAGAUGUGGACCACCCGCUGUGUGAAGAGUGUACUGACACGCUGCUGGACCACCUAGACACCCAGCUGAACAUCACAGAGAAUGAGUGCCAGAACUACAAGAACUGCCUGGAGCUCCUUGCACACAUGACAGAAGAGGAGGAGGAGACCUUGCUGGGCGAGUUGAAGGACCUGAGCACUGAGGAAGAGCAUCUCAUCCAGGAGCUGGAGAACAUUGAGGCCAGACGCAUGAGGGUAGCUGAGGACCUGGCCCGGAGCAGAGCAGAGACCGAGCAGCUCGACCAAGAGGAAUUGCAGUAUCAGAAGGAGUACAGUGAGUUUAAGAGACAGCAGCUGGAACUCGACGAUGAGCUGAAGAGCGUUGAGAAUCAGAUGCGAUAUGCACAGAUCCAGCUGGACAAACUCAAGAAAACCAACGUCUUCAAUGCAACUUUCCACAUAUGGCACAGUGGUCAGUUCGGGACGAUCAAUAACUUCCGUUUGGGCCGUCUCCCUAGUGUUCCUGUGGAGUGGAAUGAGAUCAACGCUGCCUGGGGUCAGACUGUGUUAUUGCUGCACGCACUCGCAAACAAGAUGGGCCUGACAUUUCAAAGGUACCGUCUUGUUCCUUAUGGAAAUCAUUCUUAUUUAGAGUCACUCACAGACAAAUCAAAGGAACUACCCUUGUACUGCUCAGGAGGCCUGCGGUUCUUCUGGGAUAAUAAGUUUGACCAUGCAAUGGUCGCCUUCCUGGAUUGCGUGCAACAGUUCAAAGAGGAGGUAGAGAAGGGGGACACUGGCUUCUGUCUUCCAUACAGAAUGGAUGUGGAGAAAGGCAAAAUUGAGGAUACCGGUGGGAGCGGUGGUUCUUACUCUAUCAAGACCCAGUUUAACUCGGAGGAGCAGUGGACAAAGGCACUCAAGUUCAUGUUGACAAAUUUGAAAUGGGGCCUUGCCUGGGUGUCUUCCCAGUUCUACAAUAAAUGACAAUUUGCAUUUAACAGAAUAAUACUAGCUUGACAAUUUUGAUCCAGGAACACACAGCUGAUACUAAUGCACAAAUUCAUCGUCUUCAAAAGAGCAUUUAGAUUAUAUGGAUCUUUAGUCAGUCAAGCCUCUUUUUUUCAUUAAUUGUGUGGAUCAUUGUGUAUUCCUAACUGCUAAAAUGUGUCAUGAUAGUGACAUGUGCAUAUUUCUUGAAUAUACAGCAGGUGACCCCAGUAUAACAGCCUUUUUGUUAAAUAACUUCACAUAUUGUAGCUGUUUUUGUCCAUCACAGCAAUAUGUCAGUGUUGAUAUGGUAGUCUAGGAUGGGCAUACCAUUGCUAACUGGUCUGUGACUUUCCUUAUGAGGAGGCAGUAGACGAGUAGUCGGUAAAAUGCUUACUGUAUGUACUUAUCUUGCUGAAUACAGAUACAGUAUGGGAAAUUAUGGUUGUCAGUAUGUCACCCAGUGAAGCUUCACUCACCAUUGAGUCUUUUCUAAUGCACUUAGUGUUGUACAACUCAUAUAUCCUAAAGUAAUGUUUCCAGGCAGUCGAUUGGAACUUGGAUUUAACUUGGAGACAUAUUUAUAGACAAAACUUAAAAGUGUUUACUGACAUCAGGGGCCUAAUCUAAUGUUGCAUCCACUUUUAGUAAAUUGUAUGAAAUAAUAAAUGCAUAUUUAAUUUAUCAUCAUAGCAUUACAAUUGUACUACUAUUUUCAGUAAAAUUGGAUAUUAUCUGCUGGGCUGAAUACAGAUGUCAUAUUUAUAUCAUAAACAUUUUGUUAUUUGAUUUAUCACAAAACAUUCAGCUACUCUUUUUAUUCAGUGUAAAAAAUCUGUAACGCAAUUGUCUGAACUGUUUAAUUGACAUAAUUGGGACAUGCCUGCUAGUAACUAUUGGCCAUGUUGUAGUUCUGUUAGUCCUUGGACUCCUGUACACAAAAAUAUGAACAUCAAGUUUUAGUAAAACUCAUUGUCUUUCAAUCAGCUGUGUAGCUGGCUUGUAUCAAAGACAUUAUGUGUAAAAUAUUAUUCAACUAGUAAUGGACAACACAUGUUGCUGUUUAUAAAUGCACAGACACACACUGAUAAAAUCACUGUGUAAUAGUUUAGUUAUCUUGUAUAAGUAAAUCUAAUGUAUUAUACUACUGUAACUGUAUAAAUGCAGACACAAUGCUUCAGAAUAAAUAAAAUACAAAAUAUUGAA